AUGAUUAGAAACACUUAUUUGAAGUACUCCUAUAAAUAUAAAAAUAUAAAAAAUGUAAAAGAAAAAAUUUCUCAUAUAUAUUAUAACUUUGAUAAGAAUGUUUGUAAUCUUGUAGGGAAGAAGAAACAUGAUAUGAACUGUUAUAAAAAUAUUGAAGAUAUUAAGAAUGAAAAGGAUUUAGAAUUUUUUUUUUAUAACUAUGACAAAACAAAUAUAGAUGAUUUAUUUAAGGAUUAUAAAUAUUUAAUUGAUUGUAAGGAUUAUCAGAAAGAAUGUUCAGAGAAGGAGAUGUUAGAAAAAUCAUAUAUAAUAAAAUAUAUAUCAUAUAAUAUUCAGCUUUUUCAUUUUAUAAAAUAUAAACAUAUAUUCUAUGAAAAUAAACCACCUCUACAAGAUAGCAACAACAACAAUAAUAAUAAUAAUAAUAAUAAAAAUAAUAAUUAUAAUAAUAAUUAUAAUUAUAAUUAUAAUUAUAAACAUUUGUAUGAUGUGAACAAUAAUUAUUAUAAUAUCUCCAAUAAGACAAAUAAAUAUUGUAGUGAUAAUAAUAAAUGUGUACAAAAUAAUAUCUACUAUAUUCAUAAUAUUGAAAAGGGUAAAAUAAACAAAGAAGAGAUGCUUAAAAAUAUAGAUAAAAAUAAAUGUUUACAAUAUCUUUUUGAUAAUGAUGUUUAUAAAUUUAUAAGUCAAAUAAAAAAAUGUGAUAUAUGGAAUUAUAAAGAUAAAAUUGUUGAUAAAAAUUAUAUUAAUUAUAAUAUAUUUUUUCCAAUUAAUUAUAUGAAUAUAGAAAAAAAAGAAAAUUGUAAAUCUAAUACACAAAAUGUUUCUUAUUAUGUAAAUACAAAUAUAUUUCUUCAUAAUAUACAUAGAUAUAAUAAAGAUAUAUUUUUAGAUAUAAUAAAAAGAAUGAAUUAUAAAAUAUUAAAUUCUCAAGAUAUUAAAAAUAUAUUAAUUAUAUUAACUUUAUUACAUCAUAAUAAUAUAUCAUUUUCUACUGAAAAAAAUAAUAUUAUAAAAAAUAAUAAUCCUAAUAAUAAUACAUGUAAUAAAUUUAUUUAUAAAAAUAAAGAAUAUAUAAAUAAAAGAAUAUUUAUGGACGUCUUUACAAAUAUUUAUAAAACCAUUUGUUCAAAAAGAAAUGAUAUAUCUUUUUUAUAUUUAUAUGAUUAUCUUUUAAUAAUGACAGUAAAUGAUAUUAAAAAUAAAGAGUAUUACAUAAGUAUAGUAGAAAUAUUGUCAAAUUAUAUGAAUCUCAUAAACAAAAUUACAAACAAUAAUAAUAAUGAAAAUAAUGAAAAUAAUGAAAAUAAUGAAAAUAAUUAUGAUAACAAUUAUGAUAAUAAUAAUUGUGAUAGUAUCCUCUUGAGCAAUUCAUAUGACAAUUAUCUUAAUGAUAAAAACAUUUCAAAACAAACACACAAUAAGAAUAAUCAACAAACAGUUUUCAAUCUUGAUCAAGUAUUUACAAAUUCUUUAAAUGAAUCAAACACAUGUGAUAUUGAAAAUAUUCAAAGGGAAGAAAAUUAUAGUAAUCAUCAUCAUAAUAAUAAUAAUAAUUUUAUUUAUCCAGAUAAUAUAUAUAAUAAAGAAAAUAUUAAUUUUGAUGAUAUUUCAAAAAAUGAUUAUUUAAAAAACGGAAAUGUAACAACUAAUAAUAAUACUUCAAUUAUAAAUAAUAUUAUAGAUUAUGAAAAUAAAAAUAUUGAACUUAGUAAAAGAAAUUAUAUUUAUUUACAAAAGAAAUUAUAUACAAUUAAAAAUAUAAUUAUAUCAAAAAUAUUGUUAAUAUAUAUUAUGAAAUAUAUAUUUAAUCAUAUUGAUAAUAAUAUAUUAUAUGCACACUCUGAUUUAAUUUGUGAAAAUUUAGAAUUAAUUCCUCCUAUGCUAGUUACAAAUUUUAUAUUUACAAUAGGUACUUGUAAAUAUAUUGAUGAAUUUUGUAUGUUUAUGCUAGCCAAAUAUGUUCAAAAUAAUAUUCAGAAUUAUACAUGCAAUGAAAUUAGUAUUAUUGUAAAUACAUAUGCUGAUGCUUCAUUGGAAGAUGUCAGUUUUUAUGAAACUAUUUGUGAUUAUAUGAAAUGUCAUUUUAAUAAAUUUUCUUCUAUCGAUAUUAUUAAAAUAAUUUAUGCAUUCUCAAAAGUUAGAAUACGUGAUAUAGAAUUAUUAAAAAUGUCUUAUGAAAAAAUUAACCAUUAUCUAAAUGAAAGAGAAAAAAAAUUUGAUAUUAAUAUGCAACUCAAAAUGAUGGAUUUUAAAAAAACAAAUGAAAACAAAAAAUAUAUGCAAUCACAAAAUUAUUUAAAAAUUAAAAAAAAUGCUAAUAAUAACACACAAAAUUAUUAUACUAAUAAUAUGUGUAAUAAUAAUAAUACAAAUAUAUUACAAAAUAAAGAGAAUAUUAAAAAAAAUAAUUAUAUUAUUAAUAAAUAUUUAUGUGCAUAUGCUUUAAUUGCAGCAGGGAAAUUAGAUUAUGUUGAAAAUGUAGAUAAAUUAUUUUUACAUUUAAAAGAAAGUAUAAUAAAUGAUGGUAUCGAUAUAAGAGGAAUCUUAUGGAUGCCUAUAGCAAUUACAAGCUUUUUAAGUUCACAGUGUAUAUUUAAUUUCUUACCAGUAUAUAUCAAUUUAAUAAAUCAAGCUUUUAAAAAAACACAAUCACCAAAAUUACUCUCUUUAUUACUAAGAAGACAUAAUAUAUUAUUACAUACAAUCGAAACGGAUAUUAUACCUAAAAAAUAUAUAGAUAAAAUAACUUUAAAUAAUCUUUAUCAUAUAUGUAAAAGUAAAAAAGAUAAUUCAAAAGAAAAAGUAUUUGUUCCAGAUAGCUCAACAUUCCAUAUUGAAGUUUCAAAUGCAUUAUUAUCAUUAGAUAUACCACACCAAAAAGAAGUAAACAUUUAUCCCUUUACAAUUGAUAUAUAUAUUCAAACAACACAAAAUAUAAAUGAACAACAACUAAAAAAACACAAUUCUGCUAGUACAUAUCAAAUGAAUCAAAAUAAUAUCAACACUAAAUUUAAAAAAACUAAUACAUAUAUGUAUGAAAACGAUACAAAUUUUGAGCAAACAUUUGAAAACAAAAAGGUAAAACAUAAAUCAAAGAAUAAGAAUGAGGUAUAUACGGAAAUACCAUUUAUGUAA